GCCAGGGAGACGCAGAGGAGUUGCUUUUUCUCCUGGGAAACAUCUUGAAAACUAAGUUCUCAUGGCUUCUUCUGAGGAGCCCUCGAACCAGAAGACAGAGAUGUUACCACCGAGGCCAAAAGAUGAUCCAACGCCAGCCAUCAGAGACAUCCUCGAAAUCGUGGACACUUUGCAUCAGAAGUUUGUCCCUCCAUCCCAAAAGGAUGAAGUUCUAACAAAGUCUAGAAGCAUGGUUGCUAAUCUCACCAACCCCUCACAAGCCCCUGAUCAGAAUGUGAGUCUGAGGACUACAACCAGUCUCCCUGUAACUUCUUCAACCGAGCAGGAUGACACCGAGCGUUAUAUUCCAAAGCUGAGACGUAACCUACGUUUGCUCAAGGAGGACGUGGUGAAGCUGCAAGAUCUUCGCUGUGAAGUUGCAGAUGAGGUCGGGAAACACAUUACUCCACUUGAAAAGCUGCUUAAGAAAGUGGAAAAGGAUUCCUCCAAAUCUGUGUUGACCAAGGGUAUGAAGAAAGAUCUCGAGGAUAUCAACAAGAAGAUCUUUAACUUGAUGUGUCAGGUCCCUUUGUUGCCCAACAAACGCAGAAAGCCUGGUGGGUUAGACGAUGAGGGUGGCGAUGGAGAGAACAAUGGUAAAGGUAUUGAAUGCUUGCCUGGUAUCCAUGCAAAUGAGGAAUAUCUCAAAAGACUGGCGGUUUACAGAGAUGUAGAAAGCAAGUUCAAGAAUCUUAGUGUUGACCGCAAGAUCUGUCUGCUGAGCUUUGCUGUAUUCCCUGAGAAUCAAGAGGUGAACAGAACGAUGCUGAUGUAUUGGUGGAUGGGGGAAGGCAUCCUGGUUGAUGAAGGCAGACCUGAAGACGUUGUGAAGGCCAUUCUUGACGAGUUCGUUGCGGCAAGGUUGAUUGAACCUGUUGAAAAUAAACGCAAAGUGAAGCCAAAUAGCUACAAGAUGACCCCCUUUGUGCAUUCUUCACUGAUUCUCAUCUCAAAGGAGAUCAAACUCUUUGAUAUUUAUCGUAAAGGGGAGAAGCCAACCAUGCACAAAUCAGACCUGAACAAGGUCUGUCUUGUGGAAGGGUCAUCAAGCCAAAAAGAAGCAAAAGCUACAAGAAUGCCAGAUGUGAAUCGCAUCGAAACAGUUUUCAAUGUCUCAGAGAGGUUUCCUGAUUUCGCUUUCAAGUGGUUCUCUGAGGAUCAACCAAAAGCGAAGAAGAAGUUUGGUCCUAUGUCAAAACCUGUGUUUAAGUUGCUCAAAGUGUUUUAUCUAGGUAGAUGGGAGAGAACCGCCACGCGACACAUUGAGGUUGAGAAUCCAGAGCUCAUGAGACACUUGAAGCAUAUGACUAAACUAAGACUUCUGAGUUUUCAAGGAAUCUCAAGAAUCGAAAGGCUUGACGACGCUGUAUGCAAGCUCCGUGAGCUGAUCAUCUUGGACCUUAGAGCUUGCUAUAACUUGGAGAAACUUCCGGAGAAGAUCGAUUCACUCAAGUCUCUGACUUACUUGGACAUUACAGAUUGCUACAUGAUAGAUCGCAUGCCCAAGAGGUUGUCGUGGCUGAAUAACUUGGUGGUUCUCAAGGGCUUUGUUGUGAGUGAUGCUAAUGAUGAGGAGAAGGUCUGCACGUUGGCGGAGUUGGUACACUUGGAGAAGCUGAGGAAGCUAAGCAUUACAAUAAACAAAGGUGAUUUCAGUGUAAAUGAUCUGUUCCUGGCUGUUGAGGAGUUCAAAAGCCUUGAGAAGUUUAAAGUGGCAUGGGGAGGUAUUAAUGAACAUAAGAAAGUGGAAACUACUGGUGGGAUUGUAAAAGAGUUCUUAAGAACGAUGACAAUCAUUCCCAAAGGCCAAGAAGGAAAGCUUCCCAAGGUUUCAAAGCAGAUUCAGCUUCCUAAGAUGCUGAAGAAACUGGACCUGCAGUGUUUUCCUGAUCCGGUUCUUCCACUAUGGCUUAAGCCACAUAAACUUGGUGGUCUGGAAAAACUCUACAUUAAAGGAGGAACUGAACUUACUGGAUUUGGAGAGUUAGUCUCUGCUGAGACAAAUGAGUGCAAAGUCACGGUCUUACGUCUGAAAUUUCUUCCCAGGUUUAAAGUGGAGUGGAGGGAGCUGAGGGAACUUUUUCCAAACCUGGAGUUCUUGGACAAGUAUCAGUCUCCUCAAGUUAGCUUCUGCCCCUGCGAUGGAAUUGGAAUCUGGCGCAAAAAACCUGAAGUCUAAGCAUCUCUAAACUAAGAGUUCUCAGCUGUCCCAAGCCUUCUUCUGAUAUUGUGUAAUGUUCCUUUAGUUCUUAUUGUUGUUGUGUGUAUUUGCUUCUCAUUUCGUAUUUGAUGUAUUCUGUUUUGCUUUCAAGUGUUGUUGUUUGUGAACUGUUGAAUAAAGGAGUUUGGUAUGUUUAGUUUGUUUUUUCUGUGAUGCUUGCUACUCCAAAUAAGCUAUGAAGAGUAUAAAAAUGUAUUAUGAUACACUGAUUCAUUUUGUUUUAUAUUCC